UGAUCAGGGGAUCAGUCGUGUUUUGGGAUGCUCGAUGGCAUGUGGUGACUGUGUGUUCAGUCAGACGGUGUUUCAAGCGUUGUCGGAUACGGUGUCUCAUGUGUUCUGGAUGGGAUGUCUCAGUACGAUGCCAUAGUACACCUCUUAGCUGGAGGGUUGGGCGGCACAGCAGGAGCGAUCGCGACCUGUCCCUUGGAAGUGGUUAAGACACGGCUGCAGUCUUCGGUUGCGAACUUCAACUACGCCUAUGUGCCCCCCAAUGCGUCUGCAACAGCGCCUCCCAAUAUCGUGGGGUCACUUGCGGAGCGCCUGGGAUUCAAUGCCUGCCCCUGCGGACCUUCUCCGACGUCCGGCUCCUACACCUCGGUCAUCGAGGCGGAGGCAACGACGGCGACCUCCCGGGCGCCUUCCUUAGGGAUUUGGCGUUGUCUCAGGCAAAUUGUAGAGAUGGAAGGUACCCGCGCCCUGUUCAAAGGUCUGGGACCCAACCUGAUCGGAGUGGCACCCUCGAGGGCCAUCUACUUUUGUACAUACUCUCACUCCAAGAACAUCUUCAACACUAUGCUUCCCUCCGAUACUCCAAUUGUACAUAUCUGUUCGGCUGCCGCGGCGGGUUUUGCAUCCUGUACAGCGACCAAUCCUAUCUGGUUUGUAAAGACAAGGCUGCAACUUGACCAAAGGAUGUAUGGCAGCAUGUCAGCCCUGCACUGCAUCAGAGACAUCUAUGCUCGUCAUGGCCUGAUGGGCUUCUACAAGGGCAUCACGGCGUCGUACUUUGGCAUUUCCGAGACCAUCAUUCACUUUGUCAUCUACGAAUUCAUCAAGGCCAAGCUCAGGGAACACAGGCAGCGUACCCGGGACACAGACGCAAAGUCGACCAGGGACUUUGUUCAGUUCAUGGCUGCUGGUGCAGUGUCCAAGACCUGUGCUUCGAUGAUCGCCUAUCCUCAUGAAGUGGCGAGAACGAGGCUAAGACAGGAGGGAAACAAGUACCGUUCCUUCUUCCAAACUCUUCUGCUAGUCUGGCGGGAGGAGGGAUACCAGGGCCUGUACCGCGGCCUGGCCACCCAGUUGGUCCGGCAGAUCCCCAACACUGCCAUCAUGAUGGCCACCUACGAGGCCGUCGUUUACCUCCUCUCCCCAACCACCUAUCGCGUUGAGUGCCUCGAGAACAACAACGACAGCGACGACGACGGGCUUUAGCUGCAUCCAGCACCAAACAGACAAACAAAAAAGAGGUUGUGAUAUGUGAGGUGUAGAGGCCGGUGUGCAAGAGUGCGGGUAUCGCGGUUACUUGUUAACUUUACGGUUAUAUUAGCUUUCCAUAAAGCGGGAAUUGGUAGGUAGUCCAUGUUUAAUAACCCCCCCUGUAGAUCAUAUAUCUGUUUGUUUUGAAGUUCUUAUAAGUUGGGGAUGCUUCUAAGCCCCCUGUAGAAUUGGGGGGGGGGGGGGAUUGAAUGUCACAAUAUCCAAUAAUGAAGCAGCAUAUGUAGACACAGUGGCCAUUAAUGGUCGGAACUCUGUUUCGGAAUGUGCUUGGGACACUAACACUUGCGUUUAGUUGAGUUGUAACGCAGUUAAGGGUUUGGAAAUGUUGGAAAAAAUGUACAUCAACAGUUUGGUUGUGAGAAGCUAAUAUUCAUUAUUAUUGAAGUUGAACUGUUUCCUAACUUUUAGUCAAAGAUGUCACAGUAGGUCACAAAAAGAGCAUUUUUUUGUAGCGCUGCUCGCAAAUAUUCUGGUGGUACUUCUAAAUUUCAAUUUGCAGUUUGACAGGUCAUAUGUGAAGGAUAAUUUGUUUGAAAUGCCUGAUGAGUGGUUUUGAGAAUCAGCACAACCAAAAAGCUUUCACCACCAACUCCAGCUAUUUUCCAAGUUAGCUUGUUUGUGCCUCAUUCUUUUUUUUCGUUCUUCGUAUGAAAGUUUCUACUCUUCUGCUGUUCUUGCUCAGAACAGAUAGAACCAAGAUACCAUGCACCGUUUGUCACCUGCUGUUCUGUGAUGCCGAAGUAUCGUUUCACAUUUAAGCAAACAAGGAUGCCUCUUGUUGUAUAUAUUAAGAAUGAAUUGUAAAUAGAUUGAUACUGUUACUCUCCCACAUUGCUUUUUUUGAGCAGAAACUCUUCUUUGCAAUUGGGACAGGCUCCUCGGGGGAAAAUGUUGCGGGGGAUACAUUUCGGUACGGUACCACAAAUAGAGCUUGAGCCUUUUCUUCUAGCUAACAGUUAUGUAGCACAAGCCGUUUGUUAGCCUGUUGCAUUUACGAAGAAGUGGAUUGCUGCCAAUAUAUGUAAAUAAUGUAGCGUGCUAAGUGAAACAAACAAAAAAAAAAUAAGUUCGAACAGUGUUCUUGUAUAGCGUCAGAGGGAUGUGUUUCAACAUCUGAGUCCUGCAUUGCUUAUGGGACGGUGAUAAUAUGCGAGUUUCGAUAUGGUGUAAGAUAAAAGUUUCGUUUUAAUUUAGAGUGCCUUAGAAAGUGCAAUUCUGAUCCUUGGGACCAGAGCAUGAUGUACGCAAGUUUUACAAAAAGCACGGGACGGAACAUCCCUGACACUGGUGUUGUUGUAAUAUAUGUUCAAAGCCAAUAAAGUGUGAUGAUACGAAAGAA